CCAGCUUGAGUGGAGCGAAUGCGCACGCGCCAAUUGCGCCUGCGAGGAAGAAGUCACGUGGCAGCCGGAAAGCGUGGCGGCUGCUGCUAGAGCCUUUCCCUUUACCGCACCCAAGGAGCUGGAGCGACAACAACGACGUCGUUUCCGUUUCCACCACCUCUUCCUGUUCCCGUCCUCGAGGACGCCGUGCCGGGCCAGUGUUAGCCUCCAUCCCUGGUUGUGGAAGGCGACAGAAGUCAUGGCGAUGUUUGAGCAGAUGAGAGCCAACGUGGGCAAGUUGCUCAAGGGUAUCGACAGGUACAAUCCUGAGAACCUGGCCACCCUGGAGCGCUAUGUAGAGACGCAGGCCAAGGAAAAUGCCUAUGAUCUGGAAGCCAACCUGGCUGUCCUGAAGCUGUACCAGUUCAACCCAGCCUUCUUUCAGACCACGGUCACUGCCCAGAUCCUGCUGAAGGCCCUCACCAACUUGCCGCACACAGACUUCACCCUGUGCAAGUGCAUGAUCGACCAGGCACAUCAAGAAGAACGGCCAAUCCGACAGAUUUUGUACCUCGGGGACCUGCUGGAGACCUGCCAUUUCCAGGCCUUCUGGCAAGCCCUGGAUGAAAACAUGGACCUCUUGGAAGGUAUAACUGGCUUUGAAGACUCUGUCCGAAAGUUUAUCUGCCAUGUUGUGGGUAUCACUUACCAGCACAUUGACCGCUGGCUGCUGGCCGAGAUGCUCGGGGAUCUGUCGGACAGCCAGCUAAAGGUGUGGAUGAGCAAAUACGGCUGGAGUGCCGACGAGUCGGGGCAGAUCUUCAUCUGUAGCCAAGAAGAGAGCAUUAAACCCAAGAACAUUGUGGAGAAGAUUGACUUUGACAGUGUGUCCAGCAUCAUGGCCUCCUCCCAGUAACUUCAGGUGUUUAAUAAAGAUGUGUUGACUCAGC